UGCUUCAAACGUCGUCUACAUCACACAUUCACACGCAUCAGCCACUAUUCGAGAUUCUUUCACUAGUAAUACUUGUUCGUAGUUUAAUUCAGUGUGAAUUUUGAUUGACAUCUUUUCAAGUUAAUAUAAAAUGGCCAAGAGUUUAAGGAGCAAAUGGAAGAGGAAGAUGAGGGCCAUUAAACGAGAAAAAAUGGACGUCAAAGUGCUAGCCCGAAUGAAUAAAAUGCUGGUCGCUUCUGUGGCUGAGCAAAAGUUAGAUGCACAGGAAGAAAAACUUAUGCAGAAACGCAAGCUACAGAAAGAAGGUGUUGCUGAAGAAGUGAUUGAGGCCAAACUUGCUGCUAUUGACCCUCCUAUUGAUGCCACAGCGGUGUCCAUGGAAGUUCAAGAGGAAUCAGAUUAUGUGACCACAGAUGAGGAUGCAGAAUCAGUAACAUCAGACCACGGUAGACCCAGGAAACUUCAAAAGCCGAACAUGAAAACCAUGCGAAAUGAGAAAUAUCAAUUCCCUGUGUGGAUGUCUACCAAGAAGAUCAAGUACACAAAGAGGCUGCUUAAGAAGACUGAGAAGCGUACCAGCAAGGAAGCCAAGAAGAUAAAGCAAUGGAAGAGAGCUUGUGCAUCAUAGAACUGCAUGCAGUUCAACAAUGUAUUUUUUGUUCACAUUACACACACUUACACAAACA